AUGGAGAUCUCCCUAGACGCGCUGCUGGGCGUGCAGCAGCAUGGGCAGGACCUGGCCUACCGCCUCGCGCAGGGCAUCUCGGGGCUGCUCCUCCACCUCCACGUGCAUACACCGCAGCUCAUGUGGCCUGCCCCGCCGCUCAAUCUCCUCCCCUUUGACAUCGAGCUCCCCGCCACCCCCUUCGCGGUCGGUGUCUACCUCCCGGCUGUGGCCGUCGCGUCCUUCGUGGAGAUCGGCAGACGGCUCGGGCAAGCCGGGUCCAACCUCGGUGCCUCCGUCGGCGGCGCCAUGCAGCAGCUGUCGCGGCAGCUUCCGCGCCGGAAGUGGGAGGGGGCCACUGCGCCGUCGACGCCCAUGGUGGCGGUGGACGAGGGGGAAGCAGGGCUCGCCGCAGAUAGGGCUACCGAGGGUGGGGUAGCCUUGGAGGGUGUCGGGGAAGGAGGCUCCCUUGAGGAGGUGGCGGCGGCCACUGGGAGUGCCGCUGCCGCCAGUGCGGCUGGGGUCGGGGCCGAGGGUGCUUGGUCGGGGGAUCUGUUUUCGGAAUCCGGGCAGGUGUUGUCUAGUCGGUGCACGUCAUUGUUUGAACCAAGUGUGCUGCACAACUCAAGCGAAUGA